AUGGCUCGGGCUAAGCGUUCUGGAAGCAAUUCGAUGCGGGAUUCUGACCAAACUGGACCGAAAAAAACAAAACUACAUUCAAAAGGGAGCGUACCAUCAUCUCGUAUGGGCAGACAUGAGAGCAUAAGCGAUAUGCUCGGGAGUGAAUUUGAAGUAUCUGAUGACGGCCAGGAUGACCUAGAUGAUGCACGUAAUGCGUUGAAGAAUCUUCAGACAGCGAUUGAAAAGGCAGAGAGAAGUGACACCUUUGCGAAAGAUAUGGAAAAGAAGGUGAGAAUGGAUGAGAAAAGGCUUAGGGAUGUUUUUGAAAGAGAAGAAAAGGAGUGGCACAACGAAGACAAGAAGUUCCAGUCCCAGUUCUCUUCGCGGGUGAGAACUGUUAUGUCAUCUAGGGAAAGCAAGGCCAAGUUAACCUCGUACGGUCCUGGAGAAGCGGCUCAAGUUGCAACGUCGGAUAUCAUGCAAUCCACAGCCGACCAUCCCCUAUACCUCAAGACGCAGGGGCUUCUUGAGUCUGCUCGCGCUCUAAUGAAUGAGCUGGACAACAUCAACACUCAAGCAUCUAAAAUCAAGCUCCCUCCAGAUCCAAUGGACGGGCUUGAGAAGGACACUGCUGAAGCACGCCGUCUUAUUGCUCGUGGGGCAGAAGCAACCGUACUGGUGUUAGAGAAACAAUUGGUAUAUCCCGGAAAAAAUGACCGAAAAGGUAGUCAACUGCGAGAUAGAGAGGAAGAGGCAUUCCUGGACGACAGCAGCUUGCAGACAAUGCUUGACAUGGGAAGAGAUGCUCUGAACAGCGGACGUAGUGACGGGAUGAAAGCUAAGAGCUGGGGGUUUGUGGCACACCAUUUGCAAAGGGGAAUGCAGGAGCUCGUCAAGGCCCUGCCUAGUACUGACUGA